UUUGCACACUCUAGUCGCCAAAUUGCCAUUGAUCUCAUUAAUUUGAAAUUGUGUUGCAUGCCUCGUUCACAUUAUGGCGUCGAUGACCGCAGAAACUGCUGAAGGACAACGCAUGCAGCAAACAGAGCUCGAUGAGAUUUCCCCUGAAGUCUAUUUGCAUUUUCUGCAACGCCACGAAGGAGUUUUGCGCGACGAGACAACAAUGCUUGGCUUCAAGGCGGCCAUUGAGGAAAACUCUGAGCUCUUUCGUGGCGCCACCGUGCUGGAGGUAGGCUGUGGCAGUGCACUACUCUCGAUGUGGGUGGCACGUCAGGGUGCGGCACGUGUCUAUGCCGUGGAGUCAAGUGAUGUGUAUCAAGUGGCGCAUCAAUUGGUGCAACACAAUCGCCUAGAUCAUGUGAUCGAUGUGUUGCACGGUCCGUUGCAGCAACUACAACUGCCUCCAAUCGAUGUCAUUGUCUCCAAGUGGAUGGGUGCCUGCUUGAUGUACAACUCUACGCUGGAGGAUGUGCUUUAUGCCCGUGACAAGUGGCUGAAGCCCAACGGUUGCAUCUUUCUAAACAUCGCAAAUCUCUAUAUAACAGCUGUGGAACAACUCCGUCAUCCCUUGGAUCUGAUCAUCUCGCCUCGCCAGUAUUGGACACGUUUCGCUGGAUCGUUGAAUCUCUCGCUUGGCUGGCACAUCGCCCUACACACACCGGUGGUCAGAGUUGUGAAUGCCAAACAUGUGCUGUGCCAGCGGCAACUUUUGCAACGCUUCGAUCUGCUAACGUUGCAACCAGAUGAGUUAAGCUUCAAGGUGCUGUUCAAGCUGCGCACUCUGCGUCAAGCGUUGGCCAAACAUUUUCUGCUCUACUUUGACUAUCGCUUUCCCGGUUCAACCAUCGUCAGCACUUCGCCCAGGGCAGCAGUCACACAAUGGAAGCAAACACUUUUCCCCAUCGACGAUCAUUUGCCCCUCUGUCCGGGCGAUGUGCUCUGCGGACAGUUUGAGGUGCGACGCUGUGCUCGCCAUCUGGACUUUGACAUCAGCUGGAGCUGCCACAACAAGCUGGUCAACGUGAAGACGCACACGCAAAUCUAUCGAAUGCAGGGCGAGCAAGAUCCUAUCUAAUUAAGAGAUGUGAAUAUCAGACGAAUAUUGAAAUUCCAAUUCGGAAUUGUUUACUAUUAUAAUUUAUAA